AUUCUCAACUCACUCUCAUCUUUCAUAUCAUCUUCACUCUUUUGAAUCGAAUUCCAUCAUCAAUGUCUACUUUUGAUGAAGUUUCAGCUCUUGAUUUCAUCAGACAUCACCUGCUAGACGAUUAUGAAGCCCCUGUUUUGACUUCUCAGACAUCAGUUUCUGGAUCUGAUCUAUCAGUUUCUGAUUACUUUGUCUCUGAGGAAGAAUGUAAAACCACAUCUGAUUUCUCAAUUCGUUUCACAGUGCCGGAAUUGAUCGAUAGUAGAUCUGGAAAACCGUAUUUGGAUGUCGAUUCGAAGGAAACGGAAUGUGUGGAGGAGGUGAAUGUGCACUACAGAGGAGUGCGACGGAGGCCGUGGGGAAAGUACGCGGCGGAGAUCCGAGAUCCAAAGCGUAAUGGUGCUAGGGUUUGGUUAGGGACGUUUGAUACAGCUAUUGGUGCUGCAAAGGCUUAUGAUAAGGCGGCAUUUGAAAUGCGUGGGAGCAAAGCGAUUCUGAAUUUCCCUCAGGAGAUUGGGAAUUCAAGCACAAUAACCAGAAGUGAAGUUGGCCGGAAAAGGAGGAGAGAUGUGGAGGAGAUGGUGGUGAUGGUAAAGAAAGAGUGGAUAAUGGAGAAGGUUGAUCUGCCAUUGACGCCGUCAAGUUGGAUGGCGAUUUGGGGUGAGGAUUGGUGUGGGACCCAUCCGUUGUCACCGAUGUCUCAGUUAAUGGUGAUAGGAGGCGAUAACAAAGAAACGAUUGCAGAGGAGGCGAUAAACAAAAACAAAGCAAAAUCGUGUGCAGCAAAAAAACGAGAGGGAGAAAUCAAGAAAUCAUACCGAUUGCAGAGGAGGCGAUGGAGGCCGGUGGAAGAAGCCGAUGUGGAAGAGGCGAUGUGGAGGAGGCGAUGUGAAGAGGCUGUGGAAGCGAAGAUGACGAAGAGACGAUGUGAAGAGGCAGACGAUGAUGGAAGAGACGAGAACCUCACACGAAAUUCAGCUGCAUCCCCACCCCACCACCUAUAUAUACACCUUUCACUCUUUCUUCCACUCCCAUCUCUCUCCCCCUUCCUCUUUUCAUUUGACUUCAAUUUAACAAUGGCGGCUGCUUUUGAUGAAGUUUCAGCUCUUUAUUUUAUCAGACGCCACCUGCUAGACGAAAAUGAAACCCCUAAUUGCGUUGGUUUGACUUCUCACACAUCAAUUUCUGCUUCUGAUCUCUCAGUUUCUGAUUAUCUUCACUCUGAAGAAGAAACCACAUCUGAUUUCUCAAUUCAUUUCACCGUACCGGAAUCGGUCGAUACUAUAUCUGGAAAAUCGUAUCUGGAGGAAACAUAUUGUGUUGAGGAGGUGAAGGUGCAUUACAGAGGAGUACGACGGAGGCCGUGGGGAAAGUACGCGGCGGAGAUCCGAGAUCCGAAGCGUAACGGUGCUAGGGUUUGGUUGGGGACGUUUGAUGUUGCUAUCGAAGCUGCAAAGGCAUACGACAGAGCGGCAUUCGAAAUGCGAGGGAGCAAAGCGAUUCUUAAUUUUCCUCUGGAGAUUGGGAACUCAAAGGCGGAGUCAAGCACAACAACCACAAGUGAAAUCAAUGGCUGCCUGAAAAGGAGGAGAGAUGUGGAUGAGAUGGUGGUGAUGGUAAAGAAAGAGAGGAUAACGGAGAAUGUUGAUCUGCCGUCGACGCCAUCGAGUUGGAUGGCGGUUUGGGAUGAGGAUUGGCGAGGUGCCCAUCCAUUGUCACCGAUGUCUCGAUUAAUGGUGAUUUGAGAACAGAAAUUGGUUCGAUUCCAUCUGUACUGUACAUAAAUCUCCAUACUCAAUGAUCAUAUCUUCAUUAGUUGAUUUGGUUUGUUGA